AAAAAUUUUAAGGCGAAAAAUAAAUUGUGGUUAAUUUUAUAUAUAAAAUAAAAUUUUAUUUAAAAUAUUUUGUAAAUAAAAUUAAAAAAUAAUUCAUAUUUUAAGGCUGCGAGCACAUUUUCACUUUUAACGUAAAGAUUAAAUUCUCCAUGUUUGAAUUACAAGUGGUGAAAUGAUCAAUAUCACAAUUAUCUUUCAAAUAUUGAUAAUUGGAUUUUCUUGGAUGUUCCGACCAUUAGAAACCUAUGUAUCAUGUCCACCAGAGUGCAUUUGUUUAUCACAAACUCAAAUUCUUUGCAAUACUGGCGGUUUAAAUCGUAUACCAUUAAGGACAUUACCUUCAUCAGUUGAAAAUUUAUCAUUAACAAAAAAUAAUUUUUCUAUUAUAAAACCAGAUUCAUUUACUGGUUUACGUGCAUUGAAAAAAUUAUCAUUAGAUACAAAUAAUAUAACAAAAGUAAAACAAUUUGCAUUUCGUGGUCUACCACGACUCCAAGAACUUUCAAUACAAAAUAAUCCAUUAAAAACGGUUUCACAAUUUGCCUUUGCUGGAUUACAAAAUUUAUCAGCAAUAUUUCUUAGCCAUAAUCAAAUUGUUAGAAUUGAAGGUAAUGCAUUCGCUGGUACAUCAAAUGUUAAUUUAAUAUUAUUAACAAAUAAUCCAUUAACACGUAUUGAAACAUCAGCAUUUUCUGGUUUAACAAAUGUCGGACAUUUAUUAUUACCAUCUGGUAUUAGAGAAAUUGAACCUGAUGCAUUUUUUGGUAUGGAAAAUGUUGGUUUAUUAAAAUUAAGUUAUAUGGAUUUAAAAGAAUUACAACCAUAUACAUUUCGUGGUAUAACUGGUGUACAAUUUUUAACAUUACAAGAUUCUGAUUUAGGUGUUAUAUGUGCUGAUGCAUUUAGUGGUUUAAAUCAAGUUGGAUUAUUACAUUUAUUAAAUAAUAAAAUUGAUGCAAUCGAAGAAUUAAAUAUAACUUAUACACAACAAAUAAAACAUUUAAAAUUAGAAGGCAAUCAUCUAUUGGAAAUGCCUGAACCAAAUACAAUUAUAUUAGAUGGUGUUGAUAUAUUAACAGUUGACAGAAAUCAUUUUCCAUGCGGUUGUCAUAUACAUACAUUAUUAGAUAGUCCUUUAGCAAAUGGUACAUAUCAAAAUACAGAAUUUUUAUCAAAAAAUUAUUGUAUAUCACCAUUAGAAGUGAAUGGUAAACCAAUGAUAUCAUUAGAUAUUGAUGCAAUUGGUAGAUGUCAAGAGCAAGUGACUAAAGUAAUAACCGAUACUACAACAACAAGAACAUUAAUAUCAUCAACAAUGGUAACAAUAAUAGCAACAAUAACAACUAUAAUAAUAACAAUAACAAUAAUAAAAAUAAUAAUAAAUAUAAAAAACUAGUACUAGAACAAACAAAAUAUCAACAACA